ACCGCAGCGCUGCGCGGAUCCGCGGGGCCAUGGGAGACAAAGGCACGCGAGUGUUCAAGAAAGCGAGUCCCAACGGGAAGCUCACGGUGUACCUGGGCAAGAGGGACUUCGUGGACCACAUCGACGUGGUGGACCCCGUGGACGGAGUCGUGCUGGUGGAUCCUGAGUACCUGAAGGAGAGGAAAGUCUUCGUGACCCUGACGUGUGCGUUCCGUUACGGCCGCGAGGACCUGGAUGUGCUGGGCCUGACCUUCCGGAAGGAUCUCUUUGUGGCCAACUCUCAGGCCUUCCCCCCCGUGCCCGAGGACAGGAAGCCCCUCACCCGCCUGCAGGAGCGCCUCAUCAAGAAGCUGGGCGAGCAUGCCUACCCCUUCACCUUCGAGAUCCCCCCCAACCUGCCCUGCUCCGUCACGCUGCAACCCGGCCCCGAGGACACAGGGAAGGCCUGCGGUGUGGACUAUGAGGUCAAAGCUUUCUGCGCGGAGAACCUGGAGGAGAAAAUCCAUAAGAGGAACUCUGUUCGCUUGGUCAUCCGCAAGGUGCAGUACGCCCCGGAGCGCCCCGGCCCCCAACCCAUGGCAGAGACCACCAGGCAGUUCCUCAUGUCGGACAAACCGCUGCACCUGGAGGCGUCCCUGGACAAAGAGAUCUACUACCACGGGGAACCCAUCAGCGUCAACGUCCACGUCACCAACAACACCAACAAGACGGUGAAGAAGAUCAAGAUCUCAGUGCGCCAAUACGCCGACAUCUGCCUCUUCAACACGGCCCAGUACAAGUGUCCCGUGGCUGUGGAGGACGCCGAUGACAUGGUGGCUCCGAGCUCAACGUUCUGCAAAGUCUACACCCUGACCCCCUUCCUUGCCAACAACCGGGAGAAGCGUGGGCUGGCACUGGAUGGCAAGUUGAAGCAUGAGGACACCAACCUGGCCUCCAGCACGCUGCUGAGGGAUGGAGCCAACAAGGAGAUCCUGGGCAUCAUCGUGUCCUACAAGGUGAAGGUGAAGCUGGUGGUGUCGCGAGGAGGCCUGCUGGGAGACCUCGCCUCCAGUGACGUGGCAGUGGAGCUGCCCUUCACCCUGAUGCACCCCAAACCCCGAGAGGAGCCGGCGCACCGGGACGUUCCAGAGAACGAAGCUCCCAUAGAUACAAACCUGAUAGAGCUUGACACAAAUGACGACGACAUCGUGUUCGAGGACUUCGCCCGGCAGCGGCUGAAGGGGAUGAAGGACGACAAGGAGGAUGAGGAGGAGAGGACCAACUCCCCCCAGCUCAAUGACAGAUAAGCAGAGCCCGGAGCCGCCCGCCCCGCUCACACCCAUGCGUUAUAGAGGCUUCUUCUCUUAUUAUUAUUUUUUGUAUGAUGAUGAUGAUGAUGAUCAUUUGUUUUGUUUUCUACCCUACGGAUCACCCCAUCGCGACAGCAGCAAUUAGACCCUGCCAGCUGUGCCCUGUUGUCCCCAUCCAUCCCUUUUUUGGGGGGGGGGGGGUGGUGUGGUAGGGGGGGUGCGGACCCAAGGCUCAGCCCACCCCCCUCAGCCUUCACCCUUCUGUCCCUUUCCCCUUCCUAAAGCUCCGGGCCCUUUCCUGGGAGCCGCUCUUUUAUGCAUUUUGUAUAGUCCACUCUGGAUGCUGGGGAGGGGGCGGGGGGUGCAGCAGAACUGGGGGGGGGAUUUUUUUAGGCAGCCUGCUCGUGGGAAAGGGCCCCAUCCAUCCCUCCUUUCCUGCUCACUGCCCCACUGCAUGCGUCCCCCCCUCACCUUGGGAUGCACGAACCUCAGACCCACAGAUGCUGCCUGGGGCUGGGAUCCUAACCCUAAUCCCGGCCAGACCCCAGAUCCCAAACCUCCUACCCCAAACGUCAGUGCUCCCACCCCCAGAUCCCAAACAUGCCACCCCAAAAUCCCAAAGCUCCCAUCCGAAACCUUACACCCCCAAAUCCCAAACCUCCCACCAAAAAUCCCAAACCUCCCACCCCAAAAUCCCAAAGCUCCCAUCCGAAACCUCGCACCCCCAAAUCCCAAACCCCUCACCCCCAAUCCCACAUCUGCCCCACACCUCCUACCCCCAAACCCAAAACUUCCCACCCAAAUCCCAACCUCCUACCCCCAAAUGCCAAACCUCGCACCCCAAAUCCCAAAUAUCCCACUCUCAAAUCCCAAAUAUCCCACCCAAGACCUCCUACCCCAAAUCCCAAAGCUCCCGUCCCUAACCUCUUACCCCCAAAUCCCAAACCUCCUACCCUCAGAUUCCAAACCUCUCACCCCAAUGCCAAACCUUCUACCCCAAAUUCCAAAUCUCCUGCCCCAAACCUCCCACCCCCAAAUCCCAGAGCUCCCACUCCAAUCCCAAACCUCCCACCCCAAAUCCCAAACCUCCCACCCCACCCUCCCACCCCAAAUCACAGCCCUAGAGGGGUCAGAGAACUCUACAGCUGGAUUCCAAACCCCAAAGCACCAACUCCAGCUCCCAGAGCUCCCACCCCAAUCCCAAACCUCCCACCCCAAUCCCAAACCUCCCACCCCAAAUCACAGCCCUAGAGGGGUCAGAGGGAACCUCUGCAACUGGAUUCCAAACCCCAAAGCUCCAACUGCAGCUCCCAGAGCUCCCACCCCAAUCCCAAACCUCCCACCCCAAAUCACAGCCCUAGAGGGGUCAGAGGAGACCUCUACAGCUGGAUUCCAAACCCCAAAGCUCCAACUGCAGCUCCCAGAGCUCCCACCCCAAUCCCAAACCUCCCACCCCAAAUCCCAAACCUCCCACCCCAAAUCACAGCCCUAGAGGGGUCAGAGGAGACCUCUACAGCUGGAUUCCAAACCCCAAAGCUCCAACUGCAGCUCCCAGAGCUCCCACCCCAAGCCCUCUUUGCGGGACCCCCCCCCACCCCCUCCCUGGGGUUUAUCAUUGCUCUGCAUCUGUUUCCACGCCACUGGAACCCCCCCAGGUGCCAGCAUUGGGGACCCUACCCCACGUUUCACCCCAUACCCCCCCUCCCGGAUCAGGAUCCCCCCCCCCCCAGCCCCCCUAUUGCAGGGACAGCCCCGUGCCACAACGCGUCCCCCCCCCAGCCCCUCACUGGGGCCACUGCCACUAUUUAUUGUGCCGCCCUGAGAGCAGAGCCCGGGGACAGCCCUAUGCCCCAACCUAAGGGGGUGAGGAGGGGAGGAGGUGGAGGGGGGGGGGGGGUCUGAGCUGCCCCCCUCCCCCAUUUUGGGGUCAGGCCGGUGGGCGGUGUGGUACUUCUCUUUUGUAAAGUGGUUUCUUUGUACUGGUCAUUGACACCCCCGCUUCUUCGGUUCCUCCACCAUCUCUGUGACGUUUCUGUGUCCUGUCAAAUAAAUUAUUCUAGUUUAUUAA